AGCCUUUGGGUCAAGACAUGCAGUUGCCUGUCUGACCAUGGCCAUGGCCCUUCGAUUUGCCCUGGCUCUGGCCACCUUGAUCAGAGCUUGGGCAACGCUGGAAGAUGUUGAGAAAGCGCUGCAGCCGGUUCUGGACCAGAUGGCGUUGAAGUACAACAUGAGCUUCAGCUUCGGCUUUGUGAACACGCAAGGCCGUGUGGCUCUGGCCGCCGGAGUGAACAACAUUUGGAAUCGCCGUCCCUUGAGGCCGGACUCCUUGGUGCCCCUGGGAUCGGUGACCAAGCCCUGGACCGCCGUCAUGGUCAUGCAGGCGGUGGAGUCGGGGCUGCUGAACCUGGACGACCCGGCGAUGCAGUGGAUCGAUCCCGUGAUGCGAAGGCUCUGGAACAAGAGCAUGGAGCAGCUUUGGGGCCCUCAGGUCAGGCAAGUGGUGGUGAGAGAUCUCAUGGGAAUGACCAGCGGCAUGAAGGAUUAUGAUGACUUCUUCCUGGAGCAUUUUACCAUGGCCUUCUCAGGCGAUGAUGCGGGGCCCAUGGUCUACCUGCAAAGCGCAGCCAGGCAGGGCUUUGCCUGCGCGCCCGGGUCCUGUGCCAUGUAUUCCGGGGCCAACUACGUGCUUCUGGGCUUGCUCUUGGUCCAGGUGCAUGGCAUGUGGUCUUGGCAGGACCUGGACCAGCUUCAUGUCAUCCCUCGGGAGCUCUUCCGAUCGGGACGGUAUUCGCACACCAGCUUCUCCCGCCUCGGGCGGUGUGCGCAGUACCCGGGCUUUGCGCACCAGUACGCUUGGAAAUACUGGAUGGCCGAAAACGGGACCCAGGUCUUCGAAGAUUUGUUGUACGACUCCUGCCUGAAUGGCUGGACCAUGGGCAACAUUGCCAGCUCUGCAGUGGAUUUGGCGACCUUCUUCUUCGAUCUCUUUACGCUGCCUAAGGAGCAGGGCGGCUUUAUCACCACGAAGUCCCUGGCAGACAUGCAGGCCUCCAAAACGCUGGGCGACACCUGGUGCGAGGGGCCCAAUGGCGAAGGCUCAUGUGCCUAUGGCAUGGGCAUCCUCACUGACCAGCUGGGCCAGGACUUUUGGCUGCUGCAAAACGCCUCGGAAAACCAGUCCAAGGUGAGCGUCAUUGGACACCCGGGGGAAGAUUGGGGGAGCGGUUGCUCGCCUUGCGGCUACAACCCAACCUAUAACUUCGGCAUUUGCAUCGCCUACACCAGUGUCAUUGGCAUGAACUGCAGCGGAGAUUUCCGCAACAACUACAACGCUGUUCAAGAGGCAACCUGCUUGGCCUAUGAUGCUGUCAUGGCGACUCAAGGUGGGCCGCGGCUGAACUGCACUCUUCCGACUUAUUCAGGUUUGAAGGCGCAAUGUGAGUGGACCAAGCACAGCCGACAGAAGCACAACUUUACCACCGCCCAGCCGAGUGCCGUGAUCGUUUGAUGUUGCGACUCAAAGCUGCCAGUGCUUUCAGUCGUUGAGAGUGUUUCACCAGGCAAUUGGCUCUACAUCAGAUGUCUGGCAGGUUUAGUGUGGAACCUUGCUGAUCUCUGACUUAGACAGGCCGCUUGGGUCUCAGUUGGAUGUGUUUUGCCGUCAGAUGGCGUGCGUGCUGCGCAAACGGAAUGCGUGAAGAA